UGAUCACUUGUGUGUACGUUUGGUAGUAGUUCCUAUACGGAAAGUUCCCCGUGCAUUUACGAAAUUUUCUCGAAAAAAAAAAGUGCGUGUUUUCCAAUCGUGUGCUCUGGAAUGACUAAGUAAAAAAUUGUCAAAAUUCGAAAUUUCAUCGCCAAUUUUGAAAAUUUGAAUUAUUUUAAAAGUUUUAUUUUUUUUCGCGCGCGGAUUUUGUUGGGACAUAUACUGACCAGUUUUGGAGGGUCUCUUAGUGGAUUUUGGUGUUAUAUUUUUAAUUUUUUGUGUACCGGCCCGUGCUAUGUUGAGGUUAGAAAGUUAUAAUGGCUUUAAAAUAGUCCAGGAGCUGGUCUAGUAACAAACUGAUUCCCAAACAAUAAAGUAAUGUGAAAUGUUCGACACCUGCCAGACAAUAAACGGUGGACCUAAGUGUAACGAAGUGGCCGAAAAACUAGUGUCCUUGUUCGGUUGGAGACAGACUUAUAAUGUGGAAAAAUUACAACGAAACGUACCCGGCAGGACUACAGCAAGGAUAUCUAUCACAAGACCUUCCCCGUCUAGGGAGAAUUCUGUUAACAAGGGUGCAGAUUCGUGGGUGUCGGUCCAUAACUUGCAAUCACAAGGAGGGGGAAUCUUAGAUCCCGACGACAAACUUAACGACGUUGCUGACGAUCGAGAACAAAUCCUAGCUAGUUUCGAAGACGGUGAAGGCGCCCAUGUUCAUGGUGGAGGUGACGGAGCGAGCGGAAGCUCUGUUGGAACCGGAAGUCCGGAUAUUUUUCAUGACGGAGAACAUAAAUACGGCCCAAAUUACCCCAGAACUGACAUCGAGGUGACCGGAGAACAAAUAGCAUCGGGAGUACCAGUUUUGCAAGUCAGGCGAGGGAGCGAACCGAGUUUGAACCAACUUCCCACAGGUCCGCCCGCCCCUUCCGAUCAUCCGAAGCGAUGGAGUGCCGCCCCCUUAAUUUUGGAACCGCCCAGUUCAGGGUACGCCAGUCCCGAUUGGAUGGACGAUUCCAGAGAGGAAGAAGAAGAACCUGGGUUCCGGAGGAUAGCCAGAGAUGGGAGUAAUAGGCUGUCUAUGCAGUUUUUGGGAGCCGAUGGUGCUGGAUACCGUUGGGCCGAUGCUGCAGAAAGACUAUCGGCCACGCGAAACCAUCAUCUCACCACCUCCCUACCAAGAGAAGGUCGUAGAAAAGAACCACUGGGCCAAGCGAACGUUUCGACCACUCCGAUAUCGCCCGCCAUUGAUGGAGAAGAAAUUAUUGUGAUACGAAAUGAACCAGGACCCUUGGGGAUCCACGUCAUACCAGAUUAUGACACUUUGGGAAGGGAAAAGGGGUUGCUGGUAAAGGGGAUAGAGCCUGGAGGAAGGAUAGAUAGGGAUGGGAGGCUGGCCAUUUACGAUAGGGUUGUGGAGAUCAAUGGGGAGAAUUUAAUCAAUAUGCCAUUCCAAAGGGUUCAAGAGUUGUUCAAACUCUCUCUCACCGCUUCUGAAUUAAGACUGAAAGUAAUAAAAACGUCGGGCCUUGAGGGUCUUCGAAAACCACCUCCUCCGAUUUACCCCACAUAUCCCGACGAUAAAGAAAAUGUGUCCAUGGUAGAGUGCGAACAAAAACGAAUAUUUCCAGAGAGUACAAAUACGAAAGUGGCGACGGUGUCGCCGACGAAAAAGGUACCGGCCAUUUCGAAAAAUCUUAAAGGACUGUUGACGGCGAAUACGAGAAAAAUUGGACGGAAAAUAGAAAUUGAUUUAAUUAAGGGCAAGAGUGGACUUGGGUUUAGUAUUACGACGAGGGAUAACCCAGCUGGUGGAAAGUGCCCUAUUUACAUUAAAAAUAUAAAUGCCAUGGGUCCAGCUAUAGAAGAUGGACGAUUAAAAAUAGGAGACAGACUAUUAGAAGUAAACAAUGUAGAAAUGAGCGGGAAAACUCAAAGUGAAGCAGUAGCGUUGCUUAAGAGCUUACCGUUAGGUAGUAAAGUUAAAAUAGUAGUAUCUAGACAAGAGGACGUUGUAGACAACACGCUUCCACGAAUAAUCGAUGUCGACCUCAAAGAAGUAAGAGAGGAGGUACCUACUGACGAUGUGCCUCCAACCAUUCCUCCUCUACCGCAGAGUCAUCUACAGGCGCUGCAAAAUAGAACUCCUGAAAAGGGUUCAGUCGCCAAAAUAAUAUCGCAGUUUCAGGACGUUUUUACCGGCAAUCCCACCGAACAAAUAGAUGAAACCCUGGUGUUCCCAUGGAAGCAUCGCGAAAUUCUUACCUUCAACAUUCCAGUCCACGAUUCAGAAAAAGCGGGACUCGGAAUCAGCGUUAAGGGCAAAACCAGCGGCUCUAAAGACCUGGGGAUCUUCAUCAAAGGUGUAAUGUACGGAGGAGCGGCCUCGCGCGACAACAGACUUCGUACUAACGAUCAGUUAUUGAACGUAAACGGAAUUAGUUUGCUUCAACAGACCAAUAGCGAUGCUAUGGAGACUUUGAAGAAUGCUAUUCCACAUACUGAGGGUCCUGUACCGGGACAUAUAACACUGACGAUAGCGAGGAAGGCGGAGUCGCCUAAUAGUAGUGAGAGGAAGAAUUCGACAGAUAGUCUUUUGGGAAUUUCUUCUUCUGAUUCUCAAGAAAAAACGGACUCCGUUAAUAACUCUGGUACGAGUGGAGAUUCAGCUACUACUGUUAUUUUUAACCCUCAUGGAGGAAUAGGGAAUAUUUCGAGUCACACCAGCGUGGGAAGUACUAAUUCAUAUGGGGGUGUGGGAAGUAUUUCAAGUCAUGGAACUGAUAAACCGAUGGUUAAUGGCCAAAUUAGCCCAAUGCACACUUGGAAUCCAGUCCUAGAAAGGUUAACAGGGAAUAACAAAUUCACACAACAGUUGAGGAACGAGAGCUAUUACAAGGCUACUCAUGACACUUGGACGAGUAGCAUGCUUGGAAAUAGCUCUUUUGGUAAUAUGUCCGGUACUACUGUAAAUAUAGCCACUGCUGAACCAAUUCUUAUUGAAGACGAGUAUGGGUCUAGAGUUUUGACACAUCCUAAUCAACAAAUCAACGUCCACAUGACCAACAAAAUGUCCGCCAGUCUUCCGGAAAACCGUUCUGAUCAAGAACCGGAUGGCAAAGCGAGCCUGUCAGGUUCUAACGGAGACAAAAGUACUGACACCUCUUCUCAAAACACUAUCCAAUGUACAGACGCUACCUAUGCCAGCCAGCUGUCCCUUGAAAAUGCUCAAGGGUUCAGCCGGGAUGCUUUUGGUAGACAAAGUAUGUCUGAGAAAAGGCACGCUACUCUAGAUGCAAAAAGCACUGAUACCUAUCAGAGGUCCAAAAAGUUGAGGGAGGAGAGAAAACAGCAGGAAAAGACUGGCUUAGUACGUGUAGGUUCGGUGGAAUCUAUCAUUAGUGUUAAUCGAUCGUCAGAGCAUCCUGAGUAUGCUGAUAAAUUGGGUCAAUUGGGGCCAAGUCUAGGUAUGAAGAAAUCAUCUAGUUUAGAGUCAUUACAGACCAUGGUACAAGAGAUUCAGAUGCAAGAAGAAGGUGACCCUGCGUACAGCUACAGAGGACCCUCAGGGGCUCUAAAAGUCAUAAGAGGAAAAGGUUGUGAAGAGAGUUUUAGAGCAGCGGUGGUUGAUCCGAAUCAUAGAAGUGAGAUAGGUGCUAAAAAACAUUGGUUGUUGGAUGGUCCGAUGGACAACGAACGCGAAAUUGAUGGCUUUAAUAAUGUUAGAGGAGCACCAAGGCAAUCGUCAUUAAAUGCUGCUAUUGACAUCAAAAACAAAUCCUCAAAAAAGAAACCUGGAAUAUUUAAGGGAAUAGGAUCAAUGUUCAGGUUUGGAAAACACAGAAAAUUGGAUUUCCAAACACCGGAGCCAGUUCAACAUUAUCACCAUUCAAACGAAUUUGAUAAUAACGCCAACCUACCCUCUCAACCCCAAUCAGAAAAUGACAGUCGAAGUCAAACUAGUCAAACAGAACGACUACAAUCCUCAAAUUCCAAUUCCCAAAACCAAAAUUCCCAUCAACCUCAAACUUCCCAUCAAACCCAAUCACAAAAUGUACAUCAACCUCAGAUCCCUCAUGUUUCUCAGAACCUGCUUAAUGCUUCCCAAAAUUCGCAUCACUCACAGACUUCACACCAUUCGCAAAUUUCACAACAGAGUCAGAGUUCACAUCAUUCCCAGCAUCCUAACCAAGCGCAGAGUACUCAGUAUCAAUCCCAUCAGACUUCGCAUCACCCGACUCAGCUGUCCAAUGCUCAGAAUCAGAAUCAUGUUGUUAUUCAGAAUGGUAAUUCGCAUUCUCAGAGUAGGUCGUCUCCGACAACAGGUCACAGUAUGAAUCAUUUGGGUCAGAAUUCUGUCCAUUCUCAAAGGGACCAACAUGUUAUUCGAGAACCAUUGUACACAAGGCAUGGGUACUUGCAUAGGCAUGCUGAACAGGUUCAGGUCAUUCCUGAAAAUGCCGUAAUCCCUCCAGUAAAAUACAGGCAAUCUUCCGAACAUAGACGCCACGAGAGAGAGCUUCACAAGCAGCGUAUGGCGCAAAGGCAUACCUACUACCAAACUGAUGAAAGAGGAGAGGCCUAUGAUUCAAGACAACAAUCUCAACAGCGAAUAGAUCCCUCGAAUCCAUAUGUAGAGUAUGGAAGGCCAGGUAGUAGAUCAGGCAUCACUGAGUCUGUUCCUUUCACUCAUUAUGUUAAUUAUAAUGAACUGCAAAACCACAUUAGUCGAAAACAGCAUCAAUACCAUUCCCAACGUCAAACUAGAACGGAUAACCAACUCCGUCCAGUAUCAAACUACUAUGAAUACGAAAGUAUCCAGUCGAUCCUCAACGGCGGGAGGUCUCGUCCAAAUGGUCAUCCUGGAAAUACCCAACCACCUCAACAACAUCCGGUACAUCAACAAGACGCUAAUUCGAAUUCCUUGCCUAGGAAUCCACCAGUGCAGGGUAGGCAUCCGACUAGUAGGGGAAGAGGACCGUUUGUAACUCAAGUUACUAUAGGAGAUCAUCAUCAGAAAAGUGGGACGAAAGUGUAAUUUUAAAGUUUAAAAGAAGGACAGUGGUUUGCAGAAGCGAGAUAUGUGUCUUCUAUCAUUUUUAGUUUUGAGUGUUGUUUCAUCUAGAACCUAGGUACUUACCGAAAACUUUUUCACUUUUUUAAAUGAAAAUUACGUGGAACACUUUUAAAUUCAUUCCGCAACUUGUGGAGACCUUUGAACAUAUUCAAUAAUGAACGAUUUAGCAUUGGAUAAGUUUAUUUCUUCUCAUAAGACGUAAAAAGGACUUCCAAAUUUUGCUUCCCAAUAAAAAAAUUAUAACUUUGAGACACAUGUCUUCGUUUAUUUUACAUAAUGUAUAAAUCAGAUAAGC